AUGGGUUUGUUCACGGCCAAACACGAGGUGACAGCUCACCAGGAGAAUGUCUCCGAAGUCAACGAGGAUGCUGCCACCGUCGAUCGCAAUGUUCAUCAUCCUGAGGGCUGGUUGAACUGGAGAGUUAUCGUGUACAUGAUAAUCGUUGGCCUUUCGAUGGGUCUCUACGGCUAUGACAACAACUUUGUGGCCCCUCUCUUGUCCUUGCCUUUGUUCAUUCAGAAGUAUCAAGGAUCAGGGAUUGCUUUCACGGCCCGGAACCUUGAUGUGCUGGUCACCGUCCCUCUCGUGGGCGCGGCUAUGGGAACCUUUGUGGCAUCUCCCGCGAUGAAGCGCUUCGGGCGGAAGAAGACCUUUAUCGGGGCCUACUUCCUGCUCUGCACUCCCGGCUCAUUCUUACAGCUAUUUGCCCCCAAUAUUGGUGCCAUGACGGUGGGAAGAUUCUGGAAUUAUGUUGGAAUAAGUAUUCUGACAACUACGGCGCCGCUGUACCUUGCGGAACUUGUCCCAGCCCACGUGCGUGGUCGCGCGGUUGGCUUUUGCAUUGCCGGAGUCGGCGCGAUAGCGAUCAUUGCGACGACUGUCGUGUGGGCGAGUGAGAAGAUCAACGACGAGCGGCAGUACAAAAUUCCCUUGGCCGUCCAAGCAGCCUGCCCCGUCACCUUUGGCCUUCUGACGAUGCUCUGCCCCGAGUCACCACUCUGGUAUGUCCAGCACGGCAAGAUGGAGGACGCACGGCGCGUGCUUAUGGCCAUCCGCAACAAGAAGUCAGAAAUCGUCGACGCAGAAAUAUCCAUUUACCGGGUCUCCAUUGCCGAAGAGACCGAGAUGCGCAAGCAAACCAGGUUCUGGGACAUCUUGAAUCGAGCCAACCUCAAGCGCACCAUCACCGCGGGAACUCUGCUCAGCUCAAGCCAAGUGGGUGGCCAGAUCUUGAUCGGGACUUAUUCGACCGUCAUCCUCGUGCAGAGCGGCGUCGGAAACCCUUUCCAGAUCACCAUCAUCAUCACCUGCCUGCAAUUUCUGGGGACUAUCAUCGGACCUACCCUCGUGGACAAGGCCGGACGCAGGCCCGUCGCGCUCGUUGGCUUCUCGGUCCUCUUCGCGCUCGACAUGGUGGCUGGGAGCCUGGCAGCAGCGGGACUGAAGACGAACAGCGAGAGGUUGGGUCUCGCGUCGGUCUUCAUCAUCUUUGCCUUUGCCAACGCCGUGUCUUUCCAGUCCCUGGCCUUUGUUCUCCCCACGGAAAUCGCCACGCCAGCCCUCCGAGAGCCUACGGUGGCGUGGUCCAUGUUCUGGUCGUACGUGACGGCCGUGAUCACGACCUUCGCCGUUCCUCAGCUCACGUCGGCCGACGCGGCCAAUCUCGGUGCCAAGGCCGCCUACAUCUUCGCCGGCUGCGUCUUGAUCACGGUCAUCUGGGCGUACUUUUACAUCCCGGAGACCGCGGCGCGCACAGUGGUCGAAGUCGACGAGAUGUACGCACUCAACUUGCCGAUGCGGAAAUGGAGACACUACCAGUGCCAGUCCCUCCACGUUACGGCGGAGAUCGUGGAGCAGAAAAACGCCACGGUGGACCAAGAGGGAGCUGUCUAG